GUUCACUCUAGUAUAGUUUUGGCAAUUUAGUAAAUUGCAAGUUACCGAAUCAAAAUUUUUAAAUUUUAUAAUUUUUAAAAUGAUAAACGUCCUAUUAUAUUGAAAAUACUUAACAAAAUAAUAAAAUGGCUCUUUCGGAUUCAAUGUUUUUGUUUGAGUUACUUCUUAAAGAUUUCAAAACUUACAAGGACUGCAAUGAUUUUUACCUCAUAGGGCACUUCGAAAAUAUACUUAGGUUUAAAAUUAAUACUCCUAAAGAAGAAAUUGCGAAAGGAGGAAAGAAAUUGAAAGGGAAACAAAAAUCCAAGGUAAGGACCACAUCUAUUCCAAAAAAGUCGCCUGCGAAAAUAAAAAUGCACACAGGACAAUCGAUCAUAAUAAUUAAUACAGUCUCCACACUUAUGUCUAAAAUGCUAGCAUAUCCUUUGGAGCUGUUCUUGUGCAAUAGAGUGGAACCGUAUUCUAGAGUGGCAUCGACUAUCAUACCUUGGAGCAAUGUUUUUUUAAAUUACCUAAGUAAGUUAAUAAAAAAACCUGACUUAGCACCCCCGAUUGUGGACGAUUCUUAUGAUAUGUACGAUGAAGAAACAUCUAAACGCAUAGCAACAAUUAAUUUCAAUAUUAAGUUGACGUAUCUCAGUGACAAAAUAACAAGCCGAUUUCUUUCACUGUCUGAAGAUAAGCAAAGUACAUUCUUAUAUACCCAGAUUAAUUCUAAACCUGUUUCAAUACUAAGCAAUGUUCGAAACCGGGCCAAUUAUAAUAGUUCAAAGGACAAUGUUAUCAAAAGGACCACAAGUUUAGAGAAAAAUUAUCACAACGAACUUACUAAUGAAAGAAUAACGAAUAUACUUGGUAUUGAUGAGCUAAGGGCCAUAAGUGGAAAAUACUGUUGUUCAAUUAAAUGUUCAAAAAGUGAACCUUUGAUAUGCAAUAAAGUAGUCUUACCUCAAAAAAGCAAGUCGUUUUCAUCUAUUUAUUGCGAAAAAAACCAAAAUGUUUUCCAGUAUAUAUUUGCCGAUCCAAAGUAUGUACGUGACAGGAAAUUCUACUAUGUCGGCUAUUUUACAGUUGAAAAAGAUGAUCCAGACUCGAGUAGAAUAACCUCAGAAGGUUCUCCACAAUCUCCUCAAUCGGGAACCAUAGAAAAAAAAUUUAAAUUCAAGAAAUGUGAUAGUGAUUGUCUAAAUAAAACGGACACUGGUGGGUGUUCUCAAAGCCUUUGUUCUACAGAUUUACCUGAAGCAGUUGGUGAAUUAGUUACUGUAACUAAAUGCCAAGCAAUUGAUUGCGAUCAUAAAGAAUACAGAGAAUUACCCCCCUCACCAGAUGAAAGAAUUCUAUUAGAUUUAAAUACCUAUAAGAGCCCCUGUUGUGGUAAUAUUGAAACUAAAUCAAAAAUUGAAGAGGUGUUAGGGGGUGUCACUGCGAAAAUUAAAGUUGGAGAAGAUCCUUGCUUUUGUACUUGUGAAUGUACAUUUGGUUUUACUAAAAAGACUACGUAUUGCAAUGUUUGUGGAGGCUAUGAAAUUGUUGGCGAAGAUUUAUCACGAAAAAUAGGCCAAGAGAUGCCUAUACCGUGUCCAAUAUUUCACAAACUUAUUGACAAAAAUAAAUUAAAAACUUAUAGUACGUCUGGAAGCGAAAGCAAAAAGAGAGGGGACGAUCAAAGAAGUUUGAAAGCAGGUUCUUCACAAAGAGCCACUUCAGAUAGAAGACAAACAGGAAUUGACAAGAAAGAUGUUGAAUCCGAAAAAGAUUCUCGAAAGGGCAAGAAAAAAAAGAAAGAUGACCGAUUUAAAUUUCAUUAUGGUUAUAAAGGUAUACCCCCGCAAAUAGGACAUAGCAAAUGCGCUUUGCCAUGUACAGGAACGUUAGCCAACGUUCCGAAAAAAAUGGGAUGGCUCUGGACCGCGGAAGAUAUUCCUGGAAUGAAGUUCCGACCAAUGUGGAAACCAGGAGCCACAAAUAAGCAUGUUGUUAGAUUGUUAAAAAUAGCACGAAAUCCGGGUGAGGUGAUUUCUAAAAAGAAAAGAAAAGAUACUGGCAAGAAAAAACGUCCAUUAAAGAGACCGUUACUUGUUGUUCACAAAAAAGAUGGCGAAUACACCGUCACCAUGGAAACAAUGAAAUCGUACAAUAAGCCGAGAGCAUUGAACCAACAUCCUUACGAAGAUAAACCAGUAGUGACUUAUACAAUAGGUAGAACUGAAGAAGAAAAUCGUGAAAGGCUUAAGAAGAAGGAACGGGCACAAAGGCGUCUUGAGAGAGCACAACGUCAUUUUAUUCAAAGUGCUUUCAGGGAUAUGUGUCACGAAAUCUGCUUAAAAACUUAUCAGCAAGCUUUAGGAAUAUUACCUGAUGCGGAAGAUCCACCCUGUACAUGUUAUCCAGCUCUACCUACUACUAAAACAACGAAUAUGGAUGUAUCUUGUUCAUGUUCAGAAGAAAGUGCGUCCAUUGGAUCUGAUACCGAUUCUGAUGAAUGGAUUAUCGAAUUCACUCCACCGAAUGCAGCCUUUGAUCCAACAUACAAAGGGAAAAAAGUAUUCAAAGUAGAUAAUGGAACGCAAUAUACAUACUUAGACUAUAGAGUAAAACUUUUAGAUCACUAUGGAAACCCGGUACCAAGGUUCUUUAAAGGUCCGGAUGGGAAACAACAAUGUAGUGAUCUAGGCGGAUUUUGGAGUCCAGAUCAUAAAUGGUUGGAAAUAAACAUUGACGGUUACGUAGCUCCGGAUGGAAAAUGGGCUCCAAAUAUUUUUAUUGGACCUAAUGGUGAACAGGUCGAUGGAGAAACUGGUAAAUUUCAAGCUAUGAAUGGUAAAUGGUUAGUCGUAGGUGUUGAUGGUUAUGUUGACUCUCAAGGUAAAUGGAGGAGCUAUACAAAUACGAACAUUGUAUCAAAUGUCAAAAAACGUCGGAAACCUGUUGCACUUAAAAAUGAAAAGCCUGGGGAGGAUAAACAAGAAAAUGAUGGGUAUAAAUCUGAAAAUAGUUGGAGUUGUUUUGGGGCCGUUUCUCCGAGACAAUUAUCAAAAUUAGGAAUAGUUGGCCACGGGGGCGAUAGAAAGUUACUUCUGAAUACUCUGCAAAAUAUGUUAGCAAAAGGAGAAGAUGUUAAAAUACCGCAGCCAUCUAGUGUUUAUCACAUACCUAAUGCAAAGAAAUCUAAAAAAACAAGAAGAUCGCGUCUUGACAUGAUACGUGGUUAUGGUGAUGAAAUCAAAUGUCAUCACCCUUCUCCGUCAGACAAAGGAAUAAUCGCUGUAGACGCAUUCGGUAAUAAAACUUAUUUCAGGUUAACAGAGCGCAAAAAUAAAAGGCCAAAAGAUCGACUAGCCGCCCUUGCGAAUCAAGGCAUUAGCUUAAGUUCGUUCCAUGUUCCUUGCUUCCAUUCAUUUAUCAAUGCUGAAGUGAUGAAACAACAACAACGUGAAAGACUUCUUGCUCUUGCCAGUAAAAACAUUGCUACCCAGGUUUCGUGACGGAAUUUCAAUGUUUUGACGUACGAGUAUUUAAUCAUGUAAACGUGUUUCCUAUAAGAAUUACUGUAUUUAUACUCCAUAUUUUUGGUAAUGUUUUAAGUGCAAGUCUCUUUGGUAAUGUGAUAAGUUAAAUUUUGUAACGUCUAUUAUAUAUGUAAGCGGAAUUAAAGUGAAUUUAAAAACAA